GCAGCGUUUCCAUUCCAACCUUUGUUUCUGGGUAAAACCCCAUUUAUGGGCUCAACUCAAAGCCCCUAAAGAAAUACAGUUUACCUAGCAAUGGGCCCAGAACCGGCCAGGCCUUAUUCGGGAAAGAUGACAGAUUCUGUAAUCUGUAUCAUCGACGCCGAUGGCAUUUCCGAUGCCCCGACUUUGGCUUCACUCCAUAGUCCAUUCUGUUCAGUUCGUUAAUUCACCAAAAUGAAAAGGACAAAACAAAACGGUCCGUUUAUUUUUAAUUACUAACGUCAAUUUACAAAACACAACGAUAUCAACGAUGAGACGAUACUCUUCAAAUGGUUUAGCUCGAAUCUCGCGAGAAAUUCGGUCCUUGUUCUCUCCGGUUUAAUUGUGUACACAUUUCAUUCAUUAAGAGGGCUCUGUUUUUUUUCUAUAUUAGAAGAUUCAUUAAGUGAAUUGCUUACGAAACUGCUAAUGAAUUUAAUAAGAGCUUCAUACAUAACAAUCAAAGUCCAUUUCUUCUGCACAUUUUACCCGUUUCUUCCCCGCAAUGCAUCACAAAAAUAAAUAAAUAAAUGAAAGGUCCGGUCCAGUUUCGUCUUUGUAACUGUCGCUAAUAAGCUCCUAAUUAGGCGUCACAUACCAAGAAAUAAUAAAUUCAUAGUUAGGCACCCGAAAUGGAUUUUUGUGCAUACAAUAAAUAUUUUUUAUUAUUAUAUGGUUACAGUGCCGUAUAUAUAUUCUUGUUCGUCUUGUUUGUGCCUUGCUCAUAUUCUGUUUUCUUGUUCAGGUGGAACAAAUAGAAACUGCCGCUGGCUGGCUACAGUUUCAGGUAUGUGAAUGUAUGAAAGGUUAUAUUGUACAGUGUGGAACUGAAAAUGAAUGGACGGUUUUAGGAAGAGAGAUCGGAGAGAGGGCGAUUAAUAGUGGCGAUGCUUGGAAAAAGUGGGUGAGAGGGUCUUGUUCCAACUCGAUUAAUCUCCCCCUCUCUCUUCAUCUUCCUCCCCGAGAGAAAGAGAGGGUGGGAUUCAUUCUUCUUCUUCUGCUGCUGCUGCUGCUGUAAAGUGAAUUACAGAGUUCUUAGGCAGACCCAUUAGUUCGCUUUCUGGGUUCGGGCUUCUGGGUUUGCUCCUGCUCGGGUCGGGUGAGCAGUAGGUGGGAGAAGAAGAAGAAGAAGAAGAAGAAGAAGAAGAAGAAGAAGAAGAAGAAGGAAUGUCGGUGAAGAGUAGAGCGGCAGCUACGGAGCUGUGUGCGAAGAAGCACUUGUAUUCGAGGAAAUGGACGGUCUUUCUCUGCUUUGGCAGCUUCUUGGCUGGGAUGCUCUUCACGAAUAGGUUGUGGGUGGUGCCUGAAGCAACGAAUUUUGUAGUUGAGGUUUGUAAGCCAAAGCUUAAAUUUGCGACCCAUAAAUCAAACCACAGCUCAUCACAAGUUUCCAAGACCCAACAUCCUGUCCAAAGUUUAGAUAGCAAGAUUUCAAUUCUAGAGACGAAAUUAGCAGCAGCUAAGGCUAAGCAGAAAGCUUUGGGAAAUGGAACCGUUGCAGCAAGGAGAAAGUACACUAUGGUUAUAGGAAUCAACACAGCUUUUAGCAGCAGGAAAAGAAGAGAUUCAGUGCGUUCAACUUGGAUGCCACAAGGUGAAAAGAGGAAGAAGUUGGAGAAGGAAAUGGGUAUUGUGAUUCGUUUUGUUAUAGGGCACAGUUCCACAUCUAGUGGCAUUCUUGAUAAGGCAAUUGAUGCAGAGGAGAAGAUGCAUGGAGAUUUCUUGAGGCUGGAUCAUGUGGAGGGAUACCUGGAAUUGUCAGCCAAGACCAAGACUUACUUUAGCACAGCAGUUGCUUUGUGGGAUGCCGAUUUCUAUAUCAAAGUGGAUGAUGAUGUUCAUGUGAAUAUUGCUACUCUUGGAUCAAUAUUACAAGAACACAUUAAGAAGCCGAGGGUAUACAUUGGUUGCAUGAAGUCCGGCCCUGUGCUUGCCAAAAAAGGAGUCAAAUACCAUGAACCAGAGUACUGGAAAUUUGGAGAGGUAGGGAACAAGUACUUCCGCCAUGCCACAGGUCAACUCUAUGCCAUCUCAAAGGAUUUGGCCACCUACAUAUCAGUCAACCAGCAAAUGCUGCACAAAUUCGCCAAUGAAGAUGUCUCCCUAGGCUCCUGGGUUCUCGGCCUGGACGUGGAGCACGUGGACGAGAGGAGACUCUGCUGCGGCACUCCACCAGAUUGCGAGACGAGGGCUCGUCUGGGAUCGACAUGUGCAGUGUCGUUCGACUGGAAGUGCAGUGGGAUAUGCAAGUCAGUGGACAGGAUGGCAGAGGUUCACAAGCGGUGUGGGGAAGACGAGAACGCCGUGUGGAGCAAGCAAGGGAUGGCGAAAUUGUUAUGAGGUGCGCCAUUGCUGCUUCUCUCCUUUUUUGCACAUUGUAGAGAGAAAUCCUGUAGUUAUACAGUUAUACACACAUAGAGAGAGAAAAGAAACUUCAGGGGCUGACUUCUCCAUUUUGGCCGAGACCCACUCGGAACAUGAGCAAAGAGAAAGAGAGAGAAUGUUACAUAUGAUUCUUUGAAUGGUUUGGAAAGCCAUAUUGUAGGCUUCUCUACUAACCAUGACAAUUGAGACAAAUAAUCGCACCAAGUGUAGAAUCUUCAUAUGGCUGCUGCUAUUGUGCUGCCUUCUGGCUUCAUAAAUAAACCUUACUAUCUCAUUUAGUUAUAUGCAGUUAUGAACCCAUGUUUCAUUUAGUGCAUGCAUAGAAUCCGUACUUUAGAAAGCCUGCAUUUACAUUCUGUGUAAGCCAUGCAGCAGCUGCUUACAUACAUUGGCAGAAACCAUGCUGCAAAAUGUUGUUUUAGUGAAUGAAAGAACACAUACCACAUGCAAGCAAUAUGACAUAUGAGUGAUUAUGAACAUGAGCUAGUGCUAGUUAAGAGCCAGUGUGGAUCCUCGACGAGGAGGGAAGUUCGAACAAACGGGAUAUUGACGCGGCUCAAUCGAAUAGCAACCCCCCUGUUACUGAGGGGAGAUUGGCUUUCUGAUUGAACCGCACCAAUAUCUCGGUUCUUACACUGGUGAACUCUCAAUGCCAUUUCAUGAUAUGCUAGCAAAGUAAGAAAGGAAACAUACAUUACCACAGGCGAAAGACCAAGGAUUAGCAGGCAUUGGAAGGGAUGAUGGUGAAAAUGUGUUGUUUUGAAGGAGAAGAAGGGAUCGGUGAUGGAUGGAGCAUUUGGUGAUAUUGGUGGAAGCGUAUAAAUAGAGAUAGGUAAGGAAGGAGAAAGGGCCGGCUGGAAGCAUUGAAUUUGUCACCAACCCAAACGAGAAACGAGGGCUAACUAAAAGCUGAUUUGGUAAACAGAAACUAUUUAAGUUUUGACAAAAUCUCUUGUUUUUAUUGUUUGAAUUAGGGUAGUUUAUAAUUUCAAUUUACGAAAAUGAAUCUGAAGUAUUGAAACCUCAAUGGGGUGUUAAUGCUUCAAAAAAUAUCGUUAUACUAACCGGUGUGAGAGAUCGAUAUCAUGACUAUCAAUAAUACGAAAAUUGAAAU